GACACUCCCAGCAGUUAGAUCAGAACACCACCCGACCCCUUCCUGACGCGGGGAGCAAAUUGCAGAGGAGGUGCUUCUGUAUUAAUGAAAGAUCAUGAAGUCCUCUUGGUUUUUUAUGAUAUACAUGCUAUGGCUGAAUGGUCAUCAGUGUGCACCAACCAAGCAGGAGGAAAUGAGUCCCCGGGAAAACCUGAAGCUAUUAUCUGAAGUUGGAGAGAAGUAUGUAGAUGAAGAAGUAAAGAAAGCUUUGAUUGGUAUUAAGCAGAUGAAAAUUAUGAUGGAAAGAAAUGAAGAUAAGCAUGUUGAUCUGAUGAAAACCUUAAAGAAGAGCAGUGAAGAAAAACAGCAAGCCCUGCGACUUAUGGAUGAAGUAAAGGAAAGAUUAGAAGAAGAAGAAAAACAAUGUCAAGCAUCCUUGAAAAAUUCAUGGGAUGAAUGUGAAUCUUGUUUAGAAAGUACCUGUAUGAGAUAUUACACAACUUGCAAACAUGGUUUGUCAAGAUUUAGAGGAAAGGUUGAAGAUUUUUUGAGGAAAAUACCUCCACUCAUUUUUACCUUUCAUGAGGAUCAAGGAAAGGACAUACAGUUUAAUGCAAAGCCUGAGAAAGUGGAUACCCAGCUAGUAAAAAUGGAAGACUUAUUUAGCCAACUACUAACAGAUAUGGGCUCAAUAUUUGAGAGAAGCUUCAUUUUUUUCAAGCAGAUGCAAGAAGAAUUUGACCAGUCUUUUCAGACAUAUUUCAUGUCUGAUCUGGACUUGAGUGAGUCCACGAGCAUGCCAUCUUUACCUGAGGACACCACCGGAAACAAUGGCUUACAGAAAGGCUGGGGUAUACCUGGCUUCAUACAGAUAGUUUUUGAUUUCAGUAAGACAGUGUUUGAAGGUGUCAGCGAGGUGAUUACUGAUGCAUUGGAUGAAUACAGAGCUAAGAGGAGAGAUGUGCCAGGAGAAGCCAAAGAUGCUGACAGAAGUGGCAUGUUCACAAAAAUUGUGUCAGGGCGCCAGAGGCCUCUGUGCGGGGAGCUUCGGGAGAACUCCUCUGGAUGCCCACAGUUUCAUGAGAGAUGUCAGAAAUGUCAAGACAACCUUCUGCAUGAUUGUCCAAAUGUUCCUGAACUGCACAUCAAGAUGGAUGAAGCUGUUAAGCUGGUUAACCUCUCAGGGGAGCAGUAUGAGCAGAUUCUCCAGGUAGUUCAGCGUCACACAGAAGACACCUCCUACUUGUUGAACAAAAUGAAAGAAAGAUUUGGGUGGGUGUCUGAAUUAUCCAAUAUGACCAUCGGACCAGAAAACAUUUUCAAUAUAGUUAAGGUGGCACCUGGUGAUCCCUCUGGUAAAAGCGAAACAGUGGUAGAUGUGAAUGUUCUGACUUCACCUACUUUUACCAUUAAAGUUCCUCCCAACUUAGACACAAAGAGUGCUGAAUUCAUUGAAUACAUAGCUGGGGAAGCACUGCAACUAUAUAAGCGGAAUUUUUAAGCAGAAAGAAGAUGUGUGAAAUCCUUCUUCCUGAAAUCCAGUAUAUACUAAUGAGGUGAAAUACCCCUAAGCUCAAUGUACAGCUAAUUGUUAAAUGAUUACGGUUUAAAUAGCUGCAUAUAAAAUUUUGCAUACUGAAUACUGUGACAUAUGACCCAGCAACCAAAGACUGUAGAAAUAUUUUAAUUCAAAACCAAAUUCAAACCCAUUCCAAUAGUCAUUUACUUAAAUAAAAUGUUGUUUACAUUGUAAAUUAGGUAACAUUUGAUAACCAGCCAUGGCCCUGGUUAUGCAAAGAUUUAGGGAAAUAAUCAGCUGUAAGCAUACAAAUUAUUAUUAUUUGCAUACUUAAAUUCAAGCACAUCCUAAAGUCUUUUCAAGAUUGGUCCCUACAGAUGCUGCACAUUCAGCUAAGUUUGAAUCAACCAGAUUUCCAUUUGCAUGCAGGAUAUUAUUUUCCAAUGAAAAUGUUCCAUUUUUUCUUCUAGUUGCUUUUGAUGUUUGCCAUGUACAUUAAAUGACUUUUCUGAAUAUGCAGUAAUGGGAAAGUCUUCUGAAAGUCUUCUGCCUUUGGCAUUUCCUUCUUGCUUGUCGUUCGCCUCUGGAGUCAUAAUUAGCAGGGAAUCCUUUAUAAGAAAAGAUGUUUGUUUUUUCCUAAUUUAUACACAUUAGCCCGCAAUGGUAUUUGCAAAUUAUAAUAAAGGUUAAGAAUGGAUACAUCACUCAGAAGCAGAGCUCUAGGUGGUUUGGUUUCAUUCGCUGUGCGUGGCUUUUCUAGGCUUUUUUUGCAUACUCUUCUAUUCACCAUUUCCAGCUGUAUCUCUGCUAAAGAAUUUGUAUACUUUUCAAAGUGCACAAAGCCAUCUAUAUUAGUCAUGAGUAUAGAAAAAUACCCAUAUUCUAAUUAUACCAUCCCUUUUCCUUUACUUCUACACAUACGAGUUAGUAUACACAUUUAUACAAGGCCAUUUCAUUGUUUUAAUCAGUAGGAAAUAUAUUCUUUCCUGCCUGUUGUAAGAAAAACUAGCAUUUUCAAGCCCACAGUCUUCUGUGCCAUUCAACCUCCAUUAUAUAUGCCUGUCUUACAGGCACAUAGUCAUGAGAGAUGAGCAGUCAUAACUCCUGUCAUCACGCCAGUU